GGGUGUUCACCAAUGAAUGCAGGGCGUCACCCUCAGGGACAAUACCGUGGCAUCAGCAGCACCAGGAAACGAUACUGCGGCGGCACGUUGAAAGAGAACUUCCGUUGCGCAAACAACUUCAGGACGUCCAGCGACUUGAGCGGCGAUCAUGGGACUCGACUUCCUGGCAGACGGAGGUGCCGACUUCGAGCAUGCAAUCACCGUAACAGGUUUUGGAAAGUUUCACUACAUGCUGUUGACGAUAUGCGGGCUGAUCUAUAUGGACACGGCCAUCGGCGUGACGAUACUUUCGUUCGUGCUCCCGGCAGCUCAAUGCGAUCUAGAAAUGGACUCCAGCGCGAAGGGUUGGCUAACAGCUUCUCCGAUGUUAGGUAUGGUGAUUGGAUCGUAUAUAUGGGGAUGCCUGGCUGACACGAAGGGUAGAAAGAUCGUAUUAAUAGCUACGCUGCUGAUGGACGGUAUCGUGGGCAUCUUGUCCUCGUUCGUCCAAUACUUUUGGGUGUUCCUGCUCUUUCGAUUCUUCAACGGCUUCGCUGUGACCGGCGCUAUGGGUAUUUGCUUCCCGUAUCUCGGCGAGUUUCAACCGACAAAAUACCGUGAACGCUGUCUGUGCUGGAUGGAGAUGUUUUGGACGGUCGGUGUGAUACUCUUACCGCUGAUCGCCUGGUUGAUCAUACCGCUGAACGUCAUGUACGUAAGCGAUAUGUUCUACUUCAAGACCUGGAAUCUUUUCGUGGCGCUGUGCGCCUUGCCGUCGCUUAUGCUCGGUCUUUGGCUGUUCGUCUUCCCGGAGAGCCCAAAAUUUUUGCUGGAAUGCGGCGAGACCGAAGCCGCCCUCGAAGUGUUCAAGUGGAUCUACUCGCAAAAUACCGGUGCCGACCCCGACACGUAUCCGGUGAAGUGUCUGCAAGAAAAAACGAAGGAACAAAACAAGAGCACUAGGUCGUUGAAGCUGCACAAACGGAAGGAUCUGAAAGUCCUUUUCGCGGAAAUACGAGAGCUGACAAGCGCGCUCUGCAAGCCACCUUAUUUGCGCAACACGCUGCUCGCCUGCGCUAUUCAAUUCGGACUCACCAGCAGCUACUACACUCUGAUGGUCUGGUUUCCGGAAUUGUUUACCAGGUUCGAAGAAUUCGAGCAUGCGAAUCCGGGGGAGAGCACGUCGGUGUGUAUAGUAUCUGCCCUGCCAGACAACGGCACCAUAAUUGACCUUUACGGAUGUGAUACGACGAUCGCACCGUCCGUUUACCUGCACACGGUGUAUAUUGGGCUCGCGUGUAUCCCAGGUUCCAUUAUUCUGCCCCUCUUCGUGCACAAAUUGGGAGCCAAAUUCUUCCUGAUCUUAUCAUUGGUGGUUUCUGGCGCGGUGACGGUGGGUUUUUACUACGUAGUGAACUCUAUGCAGAAUCUGUGGCUUUCAUGCGUGUUCGAGGCGCUCACAUCUCUCGGGAUCUCUCUAGUUUAUUGCGUGAUCGUCGACAUGUUCCCGACGAAUCUCAGGGUGAUGGCCGCGGCUUUAUCGUUGACGAUGGGCCGGCUGGGAGCUUUGGUCGGCAACUUAGUGUUCGGUUAUUUGAUCGAUUUGGCCUGCGUAAUACCAAUCGUGUUAUUCGCUGCGUUUCUUUUUGCAUGUGGUUUCAUGUCAUUUCUAUUACCAAGAACUGGGAAGGAAACAUUGGAGUAAUGGAGAAAAGAAGAGGUCGCUCUACUUCUGUUUGUUCAAACGACUCUGAAAACUCAAGAAAUCUGCACCUGGAUCACUCAUCGUUAUAUUUAUUAAUAAACUUAUUUGUAAAAACUGUGCGAGACCAUUCACACUGUCCUUGACAAUUAGUUACUUAAUUCAGAUGAAACUGUCAGAUUUAUAUUCAAAUAACAGAUAAUUAUAUAUUAGAUAUUAUUAGAUAAUGAUAUUUAAUUUGGUAACAAGAUAGAGUCUACCAAUAUCAAGAUUAGUAUCAUUGCGAUCUGUCAUCUAUCAGUCAGUAUAAUCAAACCAAAAGGUGAUAAGAAAACAAUUGCGAUUUAAUUAAAACUGUGCUAUAAUUAUAAUUUUGAACUCUUAA